GGAACCCCAGAAGAUCUGCUCUUCUUUUAUGAACAUCUUCGAAAAGGUGGUAGAGUGUUUCGAGUUGACCAGUGCCUCCUCCUCUAUCGUUACCAUGCACAGGCAGCCACUAACUCAGUUUUAGAGAGAACCAUCUGGACUCACCGUGUCUUGUUUCUAGAGGAGAGAAUUCUCAGUCACUGGACAUCCUUUACCAUUUGGAAUGCUGGCAAACAGGGCAGAAAACUCUUUAGAAGUUUAUCUCCAGCUAAUCAAAACAAGGUAACUGCAUUUUGUGAUGUGGAUAAAAAUAAAAUCACUAAAGGAUUUUACACGUAUGAAGAUGCUAAGGAAACUUCCAAACCCAGAAUUCCAAUUCUGCAUUUCAAAGAAGCUUCCCCACCUUUAAUUAUUUGUGUGAAAUUGGAUCUCACAGAUGGACAAUUUGAGGAAAAUUUGAGCCUGUUGAACUUGAAGGAAGGUGUGGAUUACUAUCAUUUUAAUUGAUGAGUGUGGUAUAUUGGCAAGCCUUUCAUCAUGAAACAUAUUAGAGGAGAUACAAUACUAUUCUAAAUACUAAGACUCAUGACUCUCAACAGUUUGUUUUCUCCAUAAUUCCUCUCUCAAAAGAAAUAUUAAUAAAACAAAUAUUAAUACAUGCAAAUGUUAAAAUGUUAUCUCCAGUCAUAAAAGUCAGGUAGUACAACAGUAAAGCUAAUUGAAUCGAAGAUUAGAUAGUUAAGAGUCAUCUCCACAGCAGGGAGAUGGCAGAUAGGGCUCUGCCAACAUGAAAGCAACCAGCUCAUCUAAGAAAAGUCCUUCCGAAAUCAAAUCCAGAAGGCAGCACUGGCAAACCACUUCAGUAUUAUUCCCAAGAAAAUGAUAUUGAUGUGCAUUUAACAUUUUGACAAGUUUAGAUGCCACUUGGCGAGACUCGGAAAGCACACCUUUGGUUACUGGGAAGAGCAUCAAGCUUGCACAAAUGGAUUAAGGGAUGAGAAUGGUGGAAGAGCUACACAUGAUUACAAGAGGCAAAUCAACAUGGAGACAAAUUCAACUAAUGGCACCUAUUUGAAUUGUUUUCUACUUUGCCUGUUAGUAUCUGGAGUAGUUCCUUAGAGUAGUCAAUCCAUCUUUUUUUGCAACCCACAAAACUUCUCAAAAUGCUGCAGCAGAAUUUUAGUUACAAUGUAGCAGAACAAGAAUGUUCAAAUUAAAAAUAAACGCUGUGUGUGCAUGAUGCUUAAUACACCUGCAAAAAAAAAGAUGCUCUUCUUCAAACACACCCCAAGCAUCUGCCUUGCCCUCGCUUAACAUCAUGUCUUAAUAACAUCCACCGUAACCCUUAUCAUCUUUAUUCGGUCAUUGACCAAUAAAAAUAGAUACAAUAAAACAGACAACAAUA